CGCAGGCACGCACACACAAAAGAAGGCAGAAGUGGAGAGGGCCGAGGGGUUUCGGGCGGCGUCGCUGGCGAUGGCGCAGGGCUGUGACAGCAAUGACACAAGGUACACCAAGUCCCCGUCGCCGGGCAACAAGCAGGAAACCUCGGACGACGUGAAGAAGGUGAUGAGGCGGGAGAAGAACCGCAUUGCAGCCCAGAGGAGCCGGAUGAGGCAGACGCAGAAGGCUGACAGCUUGCACCUGGAGAGCGAGAACUUGGAGAAAGAGAAUGCAGCUCUGAGGAAAGAGGUGAAGCGGCUCUCAGAGGAGGCCAAGUACUUGACGACUGUGCUGAGCAACCAUGAGCCAAUGUGCUCCGGCCUGGGCCCACAGCCCUCUGAUGUCCUCUACUCCCCCCACCAAGGGGUCUUCCACCAGCCACACAUGACCUCACCGCGCUACCAGCUGUGA